AUGACUUGCCACUUCAUUGAUGAAAAAACAUAUGUUCGGCAUUCAUAUGUCCUUGGUUGUAAACGUAUUAAGGGAAGCCACAACUGCAAAAACAUUGCUGACGUUAUAUCAAAAAUUACACAAAUAUAUGACAUUGAACAUUCAAAAAUAACCCAUAUUGUUACGGACAAUGCUGCAAACUUUGGAAAAGCAUUUAGGGUGUACUCUACUACUCCAAACAUUGCUCACAAAGAAACAAUGAACGAUUUAGGUAAUUUUGAUGAAAACAAUUCAGUUACUUCAAAUUCUGAUAGUGGAUCAGAUUGUUCAAAUUUUGAAUUAGAAAAUGUAGAAUUCAAUAACUUAUUUUUAACUUCUGAAUCAAACUCAAAGAACGAUGGUACAUUUUGUCUACCAAAACAUAUGCUUUGUUGUGCUCACACAAUAAAUUUAAUUGCAGCUAGUGACAUUUCAAAAAUUUCUGAUAACAAUUAUAACAAAAUAUCCAAAUCUACUUUUUCUAAAUUGUCAAAUUUUGAGCCUUACAAUUAUAAAUUCUGUAGAGAAGAGAUUUAA